AUGAAAACCAAAUCAACAACAUACGAAGAAGCAUUGGUGGAAAGGGGUUUUCAACAAAGCCAGACUAAGGGGAGAAGAGGAAGGUCCAAAUCAAAGGGCCGAGCCAUUUCCAAAGAUGAGUGUUCUUUCUGCCAUAAGAAAGGGCACUGGAAGAAAGAAUUUCCGAAGUUGAAAGAGAAAGGAAAGAGUCUGCAAGAUGUAAAUGUAGCAGAAUGCAAAAGUAAUACGGAACAGAUGAGUGGAUAUUGGAUUCAGGAUGAACUUAAUGGUGGGGUUGUUUACUUAGGUAAUAAUAAUCCAUAUAAAACAACCGGGAUAUGUUUGAUCAAGUUGCGGAAUCAUGAUGGAUCCACCAGAAUUUUUAGGGAUGUGCAGUACGUUCCAAAGUUAAAAAGGAAUCUCAUCUCAUUGGGGGCUCUUGAAUCUAAGGGCCUAGUUGUGAUGAUAAGAGAUGGAGUUCUUAAAGCAACUUCAGGAGAACUGGUGAUGUUGAAAGGCAUGAGGAAGAACAAUUUGUACUACUACCAAGGUAGUACAGUGUUGGGGACAGUAGCAGCAGCAGCUUCUAGCACCAAGAAAGAUGUUGAGGUAACGAAACUGUGGCAUAUGUGGUUGGGAUAUGCUGGUGAAAAGUCCUUGAAAAUUCUUUCCAAGAAAGGAUUGUUGAAAGUGGAAGCUCGAGUUGAAAACCAAAAAGGGAGAAAGAUCAAGGUUCUCCAAACAGAGAAUGGAGGAGAAUAUAAGAGUGAUCCAUUCCUGGAUGUAUGCCAAGACUGUGGCAUAGUUUGUCACUUCACUGUUAGAAAAAUACCACAACAGAAUGGGGUGUCAGAGCGUAUGAACAAGUCACUUGUGGAGAAAGUUCGUUGUAUGUUGUCUAAUGCUGGGUUAGGCAGAAAAUUUUGGGCUGAGGCUGUGACGUAUGCUCAACAUCUCAUCAAUCAUUUGCCAUCAUCUGCUAUAGGUAGCAAAACUCCAUUAGAGGUAUGGUCUGGAAAAACUGCAACUGAUUAUGAUACUUUGCAUGUUUUUGAUUCUAUUGCAUAUUAUCAUGUAAUUGAAUCAAAGUUGGAUCCACGAGCAAAAAAGACUCUUUUCAUGGGCUUCAAUGUUGUAGAGAAAGGAUACCGUUUGUAG